AAAAACACUCGCACUGAUUGGCAUUCUCCCAAAGUUUCUUUAUAAAACAGAUAACUGAUCCAUAAUAACUAGUCCUAAUAGCUGGUUCCUUGACACUAAUAAUACAAUUUACAAGUUUAAUCAUCUAAGCGGAUGUCUCUGUUACAGGAUUUCUGGCAGCUCCUUCGACCACUAUCCUCUGGAUUGACAAAGUCGUUCAUAACCAGUUGUGACUCUGGCGAGUCAGACCCGUGUCGGGAUGACGCGGCUGCUCUCACCCUCAAGUUCGCAGCUAUGGCUUCGAUCCUUGUCGCUGGAUCCGCCGGGGUCUCAAUCCCUCUUGUAGGAGGAACCCUCCUCCCGUUCAACGGUGGAUUAAUGAGGGGAGCGAAAGCGUUUGCAGCAGGAGUGAUCCUCGCAACAGGGUUCGUUCACAUGCUCUCCGGCGGCUCCGAAGCUUUGUCCGACCCGUGUCUGCCGGAGUUUCCAUGGAAAGUGUUUCCUUUCCCAGAGUUCUUCGCCAUGGUCGCGGCGCUUCUCACUUUGCUCGCUGAUUUCAUGAUCACGGGGUAUUACGAGAGGAAGCAGGAGAAGAUGAUGAACCUCUCCUUCGAGUCGCUUGGUCAGCACCGUUCCAUUAUUUCGGAUCCGGGUCUUGAAUCGGGUUUACUGAGGGACGAAGAUGGAGGAGCGUUGCAUAUCGUGGGGAUGCGUGCUCGCGCGGACCAUCACCGCCAUAGCCUCUCCAUGGGUGCUGAAGGUUUUGAGGCUCUCUCAAAGAGAAGCGUUGUUUCCGGUCAUGGACACGGCCACGGCCACGGGGACGUUGGCUUGGACAGUGGUGUAAGGCACGUUGUUGUUUCUCAGAUACUUGAAAUGGGAAUAGUAUCACAUUCAAUAAUUAUUGGAAUAUCACUUGGAGUAUCACAUAGCCCAUGCACCAUACGUCCCCUCCUUGUCGCUCUUUCCUUCCACCAAUUCUUCGAAGGUUUCGCCCUCGGUGGUUGCGUUGCAGAGGCAAGACUAACCCCGCGCGGAUCAGCCAUGAUGGCUUUCUUCUUCGCCAUCACUACUCCCAUCGGUGUGGCCGUGGGAACGGCCAUUGCCUCAUCUUACAAUUCCUACAGUGUUGCGGCAUUGGUGGCUGAAGGAGUGCUCGAUUCUCUCUCUGCGGGAAUAUUAGUUUACAUGGCGCUUGUUGAUUUGAUCGCUGCGGAUUUCUUGAGCAAGAAGAUGAGUGUUGAUUUCAAACUUCAAAUUGUUUCUUAUUGCUUUUUGUUUCUUGGAGCUGGGAUGAUGUCCGCUCUUGCUAUUUGGGCUUGAUCAUCAGUUUUAACUUUUUUUUUGGUCAGUUAAUAAAGCUAUUUGAUUUUCUUUUCUGAAUUUGUGUGUAUGGAACUAAAUCCUUUUGAUUUUAUGUUGUUUGUUGUCAUUUGUAGUUUAAGGAAGUAGUAAUUUGACUGAUCAACAUGUGUAUUACUCGAUCUAUUUGAUUUAAUAAAAACUA